AUGAGCAAUAAAACUUUUACCUCCCAGUUCCUGCUCCUGGGCCUGCCCAUCCCCCCAGAGCACCACCACCUGCUCUGUGCCCUGCUCCUGGCCAUGUACCUCACCACCGUCCUGGGGAACCUCAGCAUCAUCAUCCUCAUUCACCUGGACUCCCAUCUCCACACACCCAUGUACUUGUUUCUCAGCAACUUGUCCUUCUCUGACCUCUGUUUGUCCUCUGUCACAAUGCCCAAAUUGCUGCAGAACAUGAACAAUGACAUAUCCAUCUCCUAUGCAGGUUGUCUAACACAAAUGUACUUCUUAAUAGUUUUUGGAGGCAUGGAGACUUUCCUUCUUGUGGUUAUGGCCUAUGACCGCUAUGCGGCCAUCUGUUUCCCUCUUCAUUACACCAGCAUCAUGAGCCCCACGCUCUCUGUGUGUCUGAUAGUGUUGUGCUGGGUACUUACCGUGCUGUAUUCCAUGUUGCAUACCCUACUCCUGGCUAGAUUGUCAUUCUGUGAAAACAAUGUGAUCCAUCAAUUUUUCUGUGAUAUAUCUGCCCUGCUCAAGUUGGCCUGCUCUGACAUUUAUAUUAAUGAAUUAAUGAUAUUUGUCUUGGGAGGGCUUUUUAGUGUCAUUCCAUUCUUACUCAUCAUUAUGUCCUAUGUAAAAAUUGUCUGCUCCAUCCUAAAGGUUUCAUCUUCUCGGGUUAUCCACAAGGUCUUCUCCACUUGUGGCUCCCACCUGUCUGUGGUCUCCCUGUUCUAUGGGACACUUAUUGGUCUCUACAUAUUUCCAUCAGCUAAUAACUCCACUGUGAAGGAGACAGCCAUGGCCAUGAUGUACACAGUGGUGACUCCCAUGCUGAACCCCUUCAUCUACAGCCUAAGGAACAGAGACAUGAAAGAGGCCCUGAUAAGUGUCCUUUGCAAGAAGAAAAUCUCUUUAUAG